AUGCGUUGUCCUGGAUCACCGUGUGAGAACAAAGAUGGGUACUGCUGGCAGGACCCUUCAGGAAAGAAACAUUAUAAACUCCGAACACACCACCUCAAGCGUCUUGUCGACCUUGUUAAAAAGGGCCUCGACCUUGACACUCACGACGACGUCCCUGAUGAGAUCCGUGAACAACUUUACGCCGAAAAACAACAGUGGCUUGACAGACAACGGAAAACCCAUAAAUACUCUUCACCCGAAUCACCUUGUCCGCCGAUCAAUAUUAACUUUUUACCAACACCAUCCCCUCAGGCUCUUCCACUAUCCAUGUCUACAUCGCCAUCUGGUUCUCCGGCCUUGCUGCCUUCUUCAAGCCCGGAUCUUGAUGCCAUCAUGAUUCCAGAUAUACCCGUGGACAAAGCGGUGAGGAAAUAUACUGAAUGGCAACAAUCACGAGUUGAUUCGCAGGUCUAUAAGGACAACAUUAAGAAAGCCUGUGAUGUGGCUUUAAUGAACGGUUUGGACCUCAAGCAGAUCGCUCGGGAUCAAGACCCGGGAUUCUUCAUGAAACAUGGCGUGAUAGUUGGUGUGGCCCGACGCUUUAUUGACGAAAUUCGCGAAUGGUCGGAAAAUUAUGAGCCAGCCCUCUGA